AUGAGAGCACUAUGGCUACUGCUUUUACUUGCAGUUAUAUUCAUGGCUGUGGCUGCUUUUUACUUUGUCAAUCGGGUUUUAUCGUUCAAACUUUAUAAGAACAAUUAUCCAGCCACCUUAUUUGUGCUAUUGCUUAAUAUGUUCCUCUUACUCUCCAUCGCAUACUUACUUCCAUUGGAUGUUUUUUGUGCUGCUCAGAGUUCUGGCAUUGGGCAACCUAACCCCAUCAAUUCUACACUCUCUGCAAGGGACGACAUAUCACCAUUAUCGUCUGCGCUAGAGACUGCACCAAACUUUCAUUUCUUAUGGACCUCCUUAUAUUGGUCGCAAUUCGCCAUAUGCUGGUUUAUUUUGCCGGUCUUAAUAUCAUACGUUGAAUUGAAAUAUCUUUAUCCACACGACACAGCUGAUUCUUGGAGUUAUGUCUUGCGAAGGACAAAAACAGCUCUCUAUAAGAAUCUAAAGUUUUAUGUCUUCUGCGCCCUCGCAUUAAUUGUUGGGCUUUUAUAUUUGUUGAUCGCUACAAAACAUGGCCUCAACGAGGUAAAACCUUUAGUCAUUGCCAUGUCUCAUUUGUAUUCUUUGAGCUAUACCCUCAUACUUCUCUCGAAUGGACUAGUAAAUUUACCUAAAGCAUUAUUAUUUCAAGUGCAAGAUGAUAAGAAACUUUUUGUGAAACUCAGUCAAAAUAAUGAGGAUCUAAACGAUUCCAAGUUAAGCCUGUUAGAGGUAGCAGAGAAAGUCCUUUCUCUCAACGUUCAAAAUGAACCGGAUGUCAUAUUGCAGCAAUCAGUCCAAGAAUGUCAGAUGGAGGUUCAAAGACUCUGUAAUGAAUUGAGUUUAACAGUUCCCGUACUGCAUACUACGACUCGGAGUCACUCUUUGACUUUAUCCAAAUUGAACGACUAUUAUAAUAAGUUUACAACAGAGUACUACAAUUACACAUAUCAUCAGGCAAAAUCCAACGAGAUAAUACACACAUUAGUCAGAUCUCAGCGUAAAGCUCUUUCUGUGUCUAUUAAUAUAUCAGUUAAAAUUAUGGGAUUUGUUUUAGUGUUUAUGUCAGUGUUGGUAUUUGUACUUGAGAUAACACCCAUCAAAUUUGGGCAUGCCUCAAUAUUCAUGGGAACAAGCAUUUGGAAUUUCUUUCUAGAAAUGGCCAUUUUAUUGCAUAAUACUAUAUGUUCAUUAUAUUCAUUAUUGCAUGUCAAGAUCCACAAUUUCCAUCUUGUCAGCAAUGGUAAUAGCAGUCCUAAGAAUGCGUUGUAUUUUUCCUUGUAUUCAAGCCGGCUAUUAUUCCCAUUGUGUUUCAACUAUAUGAUAUUAAUUCCCAGAGAUCCUGACGAGCAACAUCAAUCGAGUUUUGAUAAGGUACUCUAUCGUCAAUUAGAAAAGAUACCUUUGGCAAAAUAUUUAAACGAGUAUCUUCCGAUGUUUUUCGUUCUAAUCGUACCGAUAGCUCAGUACUUCGAUUUGAAAGAGAAGGUUCUGUCUAAGUUGCUAGGUGAAGAAUAUUAUUAUCAAUUAUUUGGAUCUAUUAGCUCACGUGAAAGGCCUCUCACAACAUCAACAACGCAAAGAUCAAGACUUGAUGAUGAUUAUGAAUACUCUUUGCAGGACGGCCAGUACUUAUAUGAAAGGGCAACUUCGCACUUUGACAUGAAUGGGUGA